AUGAUAAUCAAUUCACAGACUAAUAAUAAUUUUAUCUUUAAUAAGGAAGUCGUAAAGGAACUUCUGAAGAUUUACUCAAAAAUUCAAAAAUUUCGGCUGCUGCGAAUGUACGAGAUACAAAGAAGAAAUCCAAAGCAAAUAACGAUGGCCAAGUUAAGCAUAAGAAACAUUCUAGUCUUAUCAAUAUUAAUCAGAAGAAUUCUGUUGAAAAAAGCGGAAAAAUGCUUUCUAAUUCUGCUUCUUUUCCUGUUUACGGCUCAAAACGAGGCAUCAAGUAAUAGAGUUGUACCAAUAAAUUGA